GAAAACCAGUAUCAUAUGAGUAUGGCGGAAAAAAGUCCAGGAUAAUAUUUUCUCAAAAUUUGAAGAAAUUGCGAUAUUGAUAGAGUAUCAGGAUGGCACAUCAACUUCAGUUAGAGAAGGACAAAUACAGACAGUGGGUAAAGGCUGGUUUAGGACUUGGAUAUUUAAAGGAGGGACUGGUACCAUUCUGUAAUGACAUAGCAGAUCAACAACAUAAGGAUAUCUUACAAAACAUUAGGUCUACAAAAUCACUACCAUCAACUGUGACGUGUGGCAGCUGUGGAGUUGAAACUCUAAAGCCAGACCAUAUGCCAAUACCUGGGAAUGCUGGAAACAAAGUUUGUCCUCUUGGGCAAGUAAAAUGCAGCUGUUGCUUUAAGGGCAAAAUUGCUUGUCCGAACAACAUAUGUGGCGCCAUCUAUGAUUUUAUUGUGCAGCAUCAUUCAUCCUCACCACCUGCACCUAACUGGAAAAACACCGAUGCUCAACAGUGGAUGACAGACCCUUGGAGCAUUUGUAAGUGUUUUAUAAAUGCUCCAGGGUACGAGCAGAAACAAUCUGCCUGUGAAACUGAUUGCACUGGGUUAUUAAUUCUAAUGAUAAAUAACCAGUAUUUUCAUAGCCACAUUGGAUGCAAUGUCACAGGAACAAACAACCUUUUUUCAAAGGUACGUCAGUAUAGAAAUAAUAUUUUCCACUCAAGUAGUAUGGAAUUAGAAGAAAGUGAGGCCAAUUCUUAUAUUGACGAUAUGAUAGUGGUUCUACAAGAUGGUAAGGAGCUAUUACAACGAUCAGAUGCCCAGAUAGCGGUGAAAAAACUUCAAGAUCUGAAGAAGAAAGACUUCAUUAUUAGUACUGAAAGCUUUGAAGAAAUUCUGAGGCAAAUCAAAGAAGAAAUGGCAAAAGUUCUGAAAUCAACAGAAAAUGCUGCAACUAAAGAUGAAUAUGAUGAUCUGAAGAAGAAGUUAUUAGACCUUGAAACCAAGAUGUCUGACGAAGAGAAGGGAAAACUGGAAAAUGAAAAAGAACUGGCAGAACUUAAGAAAACAAUAACAGAACUUGAAUUCAAAAUGACUCAAGAAACACUCGAGAAAGCCGAAUUGAAAAAGAAAUUAACUGUCCUAGAGAUACUUGUUUCUGACCAGAAAGAGGAGAUAAAAAGAUUCAAGGUGGAAGAUUCUCCUCAACAAAAACAGUUAGCAUAUGAAAAGGUGAAAUCAGAAUGGCGGAAAAAGCUUAUUGAACAGUACCACAAAACCCUGCUGCAAGUUCCUACAACACCUUUACAACCAAAAAGUAAAAAGUGUAGCUUUAAUGAAAUUUAUAUUAGACCUAAAAUAACGAGGGAAAUAAAUCGAGAAAAGGGGGAGACAGAGGAGGUGGAGGUUAAAAAUAUGUCAGAGAUACUCACAAUGAACGGAGUCCCCCAAAAAUCUAUAUAUGUUCUUGGAGAUGCAGGGUCAGGAAAAACUAGUUUUUGUAAAUAUCUGGUCAACUGUUGGUGUUUGGCACACAGUGAGGAACAUGAAGUUGACAAUGAAAACGAAGAUGGCAGUGGUAAACCUGAAGUCGACAGUGAAAAACAUGGAGGUGACGGUGAUAAACAUGGAGCUGGCAAUGACAAUGAAGAUGGCAGUGGUAAACCUGAAGUCGACAGUGAAAAACAUGAAGGUGAUGGUGAAAAACAUGAAGCUGACAAUGAAAAUGAAGAUGGCAGUGGUAAACCUGAAGGCGACCGUGAAAAACAUGGAGGUGAUGGUGAAAAACAUGAAGCUGACAACAAAAAUGAAGAUUGCAGUAUUAAACCUAAAGGCGAUAGUGAAAAACAUGGAGGUGACAGUGAUAAACAUGGCGCUGGCAAUGACAAUGAAGAUGUAAGUGGUAAACCUGAAGGAGACAGUGAAAAACAUGGAGGUGACGGUGGGACACAUGGAGCUGGCAAUGAAAACGAAGAUGUCAGUGUUAAAACUGAAAAUUGCAGUAUGAAACAUGAAGGUGACGAUGAAAAACAUGGAGGUGUCAACGAAAUUGAAGGUGACAGAGAAAAACAUGGACGUGAUAAUGAAGAACAUGAAAAUCAUGUAGGUGUCAAUGAAAAUGCAAGCGGCAGUGAGGAACAUGGAUGUGAUUAUGAAGAACAUGAAACACAAGGAGCUGUCAAUGAAAAUGAAGGCGACAGUGAGGAACCAGGAGGUGAUAAUGAAGAACAUGAAAAAAAGGGAAGUGACAUUGUAAAUGAAGAGGUAAAGGGGACAAAAAUGGGUGGAAAAAUUUUUGAAAACCCAAAAAGGGGAAAAAGGAACGGGAAGGUUUUAAAAGGGGAAAACGAAAAAAAUGAAAAAAAAAUGUGGGGGGAAAGGACUUUAAUAAUUGCCCUUUAA